GGAGACGUACACAGGUAGAAAAGUGAGGACGGGCUUCGGUGUAUAAAUAUCAGUCCAGGCGCGGAUGUCGAAGGCGUCCGUCCGUUCCCUUUGCCUCAGAGAGCGCUAGGAGAAUAAAGACGGCGGGAUGAAGGCCAGGCAACUCCCUAGCCAGGCCGACUUUGCUAUGACUGGGAAGAAGAUGCAAAAAGGAAGGCGGAGAUCUAACUUGUGCGACUCGCCUAUCAUCUGCAAGAGUGUUCGAUUCUUAGUCUCCAUAACAAGAACAGAAAGAGACCCGAAGAUGCCUAUCCUCGAAAAAGCCACGGGGAAGAAAAAGGAUAGCCUCAGCCAAGAUGAGAGCGUACUACCCAAACUACCAGUCCCGCCACUCCAACAGACAUUGCAAAUGUAUCUUCAGUGCAUGAAACAUCUGGUAUCCGAAGAGCAAUACGCAAAGACCAAGGGAAUUGUGGAGAAGUUUGGAGCGGCUGGGGGCCCAGGAGAGAUCGCGCAGCAAAAGCUUCUAGAAAGACAGGGGAAAACCGAGAACUGGGUCCUAGAGUACUGGCUAGAGGACAUGUAUCUGAACAACCGAUUGGCUCUCCCAGUGAAUUCCAGUCCGGCCAUCAUCUUUGCUCACCAGCGUUUCCAAGACGCAAACGACCAACUGAGGUUUGCCGCCAACCUCAUUUCUGGAGUCCUUGAUUAUAAAGCUCUGCUGGACACCCAUGCUGUACCUGUUGAUUUUGCUCGUGGACAGCUGUCUGGUCAUCCUCUCUGUAUGAAGCAAUACUAUGGGCUGUUUUCUUCCUAUCGUCUUCCAGGACAUACCAAAGAUACCCUCGUGGCCCAGAAAAACAAUAUCAUGCCAGAACCGGAACAUAUCAUUGUCGCUUGUAACAAUCAGUUUUUUGUUUUGGACGUUGUCAUUAACUUCCGCCGUCUCAGUGAGGGGGAUCUGUUUACUCAGUUACGAAAGAUAGUCAAAAUGUCCGAGAACGAAGAGGAGAGAUUGCCUCCGAUUGGUCUCCUGACCUCUGACGGCAGGACAGAGUGGGCCGAGGCCCGGGCUAUCCUUGUAGAAGAUUCUACUAACCGAGACUCGCUUGAUAUGAUCGAACGAAGUUUGUGCUUAGUCUGCCUCGAUAGCCCAAGUGGAGAGGAACCCAGUGACACCAAUAGGGCUUUGCAACUUCUGCACGGGGGAGGUUACCACAAAAACAGUGCCAAUCGGUGGUAUGAUAAACCCAUGCAGUUAGUCGUGGGACGAGACGGGGUCUGCGGAACGGUGUGUGAACAUUCCCCCUUUGAAGGAAUCGUCCUGGUGCAAUGCGUCGAGCAUUUGCUCAAGCACAUGAAAGAAGGUGCUAAGAAACUGGUUAGAGCCGAUUCGGUGAGCGAACUUCCUGCUCCGCGGAGACUGAGGUGGAAAUGCUCUCCGGAAAUUCAGGCCCACUUGGCAUCGGCCGCCGAAAAACUCCAGAGGAUGGUGAAGAAUCUAGAUUUUGUUGUUUAUAAGUUUGAAAGCUACGGAAAAGAAUUUAUCAAGAAACAGAAGAUGAGCCCAGAUGCAUACAUCCAACUAGCACUGCAGCUGGCAUUUUACAGAUUGUAUGGCAGACUCGUCCCCACCUAUGAAAGUGCAUCCAUCCGCAGGUUCGAGGAGGGAAGAGUGGACAACAUUCGAUCGGCAACUCCCGAAGCCUUGGUUUUUGCACAAGGAAUGAUUGAUAAAACAUUGUCUCUAAAGGACUCCGAGAAAAUGCGGCGGUUUAAGGAUGCUAUAACCGCUCAGACCAAUUAUACUAUUUUGGCUAUUACUGGCAUGGCCAUAGACAAUCACCUGCUGGGGCUGAGAGAGACGGCUCGUGAACACUUCAAGGAGCUGCCAGACAUAUUUACUGAUGAAACCUAUUUGACAAGCAAUCGAUUCAUCCUCUCUACCAGCCAGGUCCCAACCAACAUGGAAAUGUUUUGCUGUUACGGGCCUGUGAUUCCAAAUGGUUACGGCGCAUGCUACAAUCCACAGGCUGAACAUAUAUUAUUCUGCAUUUCAAGCUUUAAAGACUGCAAAGAGACGUCCUCCAGCAAAUUUGCAAAAGCAGUGGGACAGAGUCUUGCGGAUAUGAGCGAGCUCUGCAUCAAAUGCGACGCAGCUAAGACAAGUACCCCCACGAGACAAGGAGCAACCUCUGCGCCCCCACAGGGUCGGAAGUCCUAAUUAUAUGUGCACGAUUCUCUUGACAUCUUUUCGUUCCUCUGCUUUACAGGUGCUUCUGAAGGUAGAUGCUUUUGUCGUGCCAAAGCAAGUUAUAAUUAAGAACCUCUUGAUGGGGCGAGGGAAGAAAUCCAGUUCAUCUCUUGUUUUGGCUGUCAAGUCACAUCUGACAUAGAGUGUCCCCUGAUGAGGAUUUCAAGGCAAGAAACAUUCAGAGGUGGUUUGCCGUUGGCCCUUUCCGCACAAAUCUUU